AUGGCUACGUCCCGUAGGAGUCCUGUGCUAAGAGACCAGUGGAGCGCUGACCAUGAGCGUGACCCCCGCGACAGCGAGAGGCGUAGGGGCCGAGGGUCAGGCCGUGAUCGAGGCAGAGGCAGAGGACGUGAUCGAGGUCGUCCGCAUCGGCCCAACAACCGCAACUUCGAUCGACCUGGGCGGUCGCCACCGCGCGCGUCCCGCUUUGGCCCUGACUCUUCGCACGACCUAGGCGAUUUUGCUCCCGAACGAUCUCAUCCUCAAGGCUCCCCUGGACCACCAAAUUUCCACCAUAAUCGUCGCACGGAUUUGGCCCGACCUGCAUCAUCUGCAGGUGAUUGGAACGCCCAUCCUUCUGCGCCUUUCGAUAGAGAGGCCCCCGCGUUUCGAAGAGCCGAAUCACCAAACGGGCCUCCAUUCAAACGACAACGGACUCGAAGUCCCUCGCCAGGUGGGCGCCGUGGUCCCAUGCCUCCGCAGCGAUCGAAUUUCCCUAAGCACGGGGAAGGAAGAGACCGAAGCCCCUCGUACAGAAAGCGAGGCGGUCGGAAUCAAGGUCGCGGUGCUCCCAGACGAAGGUCACCUCGACGUGGUCGUGACCGCCGUGGGAAGGAUCGCCGUCGGCCAGAAUUCCCAAGGCCGGGAAGAUCUAGAUCACCAGGUCAUGAACGGGGAUUCCAUCCUUCACCGGAUGGAAGAUCUCGUACCCCUGGUGGGGACAACUACAGCGACAAUUACAGCGACCGUGGAUCUCACUAUCGAUCAAGCUCACGACAUUCCGUUCAGUCAAACUCUCGAUUCUCCGCAACAUCUCACACUUCAAGGCGCAACUCUGCAAUGAACUCGUUCCGACAAAAUCAGUCUGUGGUAGAUGAUACUGCCCGUUCUCCCUCCCCUCCCCGGCCAAUUCCAACCUUUGAUCCCGAAAAUCGUGGGUCCUCAGGGGACCAAUUCGCUAAUUCACGCGAUGCGAUCCCUAUGCAUGGAUCGCGCCACGAUGUGAAAAAUCAGUCACGCCGGCAGUCCUCUCGACCCCAUCAUGAUACCCGACCCUACGCAACUCCUGCUCAGCAUGGUGCAUCAAGUGGAUCAUUCCAUGAAUCUCCGCAACCUCCUUCGCCUUAUUCUGCUGGUCGAGGGGAUUGGAAUGGCCCUUCUUCAUAUUCCGGACCUGGUCAUGUUUCCCCCUAUCAGCAAGACAACUACUCGUCGCAGAAUGGUCACCCGGGUAAUUAUUACCACAACCAAGGCCAAUAUAACGGCCCUGGGAGUCACCCUCAAUCCCCUUAUGGUGGGCCUCCUCACCGUGGUGGUCAUUCUGGUGGCGGCCACAGAGGCAAUUUCUCCAAUCAAGGUCCAGAUCGUCGAUUCUCAGGCUCGGGCCCUCAUCCAUACCACUCUGGACCGCCACAACGCGGCGGAAGAGGACAUUUCAACAAUUUGCAAUGGACAGCGUCGGGCUCUCGGGGUCGUGGCGGUCAAAAUAGCCCCCGCCAUGAUCCUAGAAAUGGAUCACAGACUCCCAAUCAACCUCAUUCUCACAACGAUCCGGAGUCUCCUCGAGCGGGUGACAAUGAUAAUCAUUCUCGGCACUUAAACAGAGAUCUCCACGAAGGCAGAGGGUUCUACGAGGAUGAAGAAAUGACACAACCUCCCUCUGAUAGUGGAAAUGCCCCGCCAAUGCAACCGCCUUCCCGAGAAGCUAAUGACACAACCCCUGGACCCAAGGGUGCAAAGUUCAGCUUCGCUUUCAAACCAAAAGCUGUGCCCUCUCCAGCCCCAAAGCCAGUACCCGAUCUUGCUCAACGCAUGCAGGUUCGCGAGCCGCCUCCACGUCCACUUCCACAGGAGCACACAUCCCCCCGCAACCGGCUUACCAAUGGACCUUUGCCCAAAUUUAAACCAGACUCAAGAAACGAUCGUCGGGAUCGUGGAAGAGACCGAGGGGACCGAGACCGCAGGGAUCUCCGAGAGUCACGAGACUUCCGUGAUCCAAGAGACCGCAGAGAUGAUCGUCGGUUCGACCAAGGCCAGCGUCGUGAUCGACGUAAAAUCGACCGCCCUCCGACUCGGCCGAUGGACCGGCAAGAUCGUUGGCGUGAGCCUUUCCCAGAGCCAACUCGCGAAGCACCCCCGAAGAAAAAACUGAUUCUGACUCGCCCAAAACCCCGGCCGACACUUCCACAUGAGUUCGCAAACGCCGACUCGGUUUACUACCGUAAGCCUGGAAAUGAGUCUGUGAUCGGUGCUGGGACAUACGGCAAAGUCUUCAAGGGAAUUCAUGUUUACACCCAACGAAAGGUCGCCCUCAAGAAAAUUCGAAUGGAGGGUGAAAAGGAUGGAUUUCCUAUAACGGCUGUACGCGAGAUCAAGUUACUUCAACAUCUCCGAAAUCACAAUGUCGUCAGCCUCUUGGAGGUCAUGGUUGAGAAGAAUGAGUGCUUCAUGGUCUUUGAAUAUCUUUCUCACGAUUUAACUGGACUGAUCAACCACCCCACUUUUUCUCUUUCUCUUGCACACAAGAAAGACCUAUCCAAGCAGAUGUUCGAAGGUCUGAACUACCUUCACCAUCGUGGUGUGCUCCACCGAGACAUCAAGGCCGCGAACAUAUUGAUUAGCAACCGAGGGUUGUUGAAAUAUGCUGACUUUGGCCUGGCCCGGUUCUUCUCCAAAAGUCGCCAACUUGACUACACCAAUCGAGUUAUUACCAUUUGGUACCGGCCCCCGGAAUUACUUUUGGGCGAAACCCGGUACGGUCCCGCCGUUGACGUUUGGAGUGCUGCAUGCGUUUGUAUGGAAAUGUUCACGAAGAAGGCGGUCUUCCCCGGAGAAGGCGGCGAGCUCAGUCAGAUGGAAAAGCUCUACAAUGCCUUGGGUACCCCUACCAAGACCGAAUGGCCGGAUCUUGUAGAAAUGCCCUGGUUCCAUCUGAUGCGACCCAAGGAACGCAGGAAGCGAGUGUUUGAAGACCAAUAUCGUGAUGUCCUGUCGCCUGGUGCAAUGGAUCUCAUAUCUUCAAUAUUCCGCUAUGACCCCGCACAACGGCCGAGUGCUGAGGACGUUCUCAAACACCACUAUUUCACAUCGGAAGAACCAUCCCCACAUCCACCGGUUGAAUUGGAGCAUGUUGAAGGCGACUGGCAUGAGUUCGAAUCCAAGGCUCUUCGCAAGGAAGCUCGGCGCGUUGAGUAUCAAAAUCAGAAGGACCGCGAUAAGCGCAAAGCCGACAGCUCAGUGCCGACCAGUGGUCGGGACUUGAAGCGUACCAAGCAAGAAGCCAGUGACCAGGCUUCACAGUGA